AUGGUAAAAGAUAGCCUUGUCACUGGUACAAUCAUCAUGCUUGAUGAAGAUGACCAAGACGAUCAAACAAAGCAAGGUGACGAUAACGACCUGCACUUGAUGAAGAAGACAAAUACAGGAGUCAUCCUAAACCCACAGCCACAUGAUUCUCCCAAUGAUCCUUUGAACUGGUCGGUAUGGAAACGUGACAUGUGCCUUUUCAUUAUUGGUUUUGCAAGUUUCCUUGGUGGUGGUAUGUCUCCUUUACUUGCAGCAGGCAUGAACACCUUGGUUGAGGAAUUCGAUAAACCUUUAACCACUAUUUCCUAUUUAGUAGGUGGAUUCAUGUUGUCACUUGGCGUAGGCUCAGUCAUUGCUAGUCCCACAGCAGUGCUUUUUGGCAAGAGAUUGGUAUAUAUUGCAGGAACAUUCAUAUUCAUGAUGGGCGCCAUCUGGGGCGGCGCAUCAAACAAUUUCGGCAACUUGAUGGGCGCCAGAGUUCUCACUGGUUUGGGAGCCUCGCCAACAGAAUGCUUGCCCAGUUCCACCAUUGCAGAGAUUUACUUUGCCCACGAGAGAGCCUACAGAAUAGGAUUAUACACAAUGUUGAUGCUCGGUGGUAAAAACAUUAUACCAUUAUUAUCAGGUCUAGUGUUUCAAUAUCUCGAUCGUCACUGGUUGUUUUGGAUAUUGGCAAUCUUCUUGGGAGCUACUCUCAUUAUGAUCAUCCUUUUUGUUCCAGACACAUUCUGGGACAGAACUCCAACCCCUUCCAAAAGAUCACUUGCCGAAACUGAAGCAGCUCAAAACGUUGCUUCCUACAAUCCACCAUCACAAAGACCAAACGCAUUUGCAUUGCACAGACCAUCUCUGAAUAACAUACUCAACAACAAUAUUGUCGAUGACGAUAAUAUCCAUGCAGUGCAAAGCCUAUCAUCCACAUCUGUGCAGUCAGCAGCACAAGAAAAUGAAAAACCAGUUAUGAUCACCGACCAGCAAUUACCACCACACGAAGCUGUAGUGAUUGAGCACAAAAAGAACUCGUGGUGGUAUAAUAUGAGAAUAUGGCAAGGUAGGUUUACCAAAGAUAGCUGGUGGAUGGUGGCUUUGAGACCAUUUGUUUUAUACAGCUACCCACACGUUCUUUUCGGCUCAUUAACAUAUGCAUGCGCCGUGGUAUGGCUCAUUGUUAUCUCGGAAACCAUUUCUGAGAUAUUUAGAAACCCGCCAUAUGGUUAUAAUCAACAAACUGUAGGUCUUUUCUACAUUUCGCCAUUUGUUGGUGGUAUCCUCGGAUCUUUAUCAUGCGGCCUCAUUUCCGACAGAUUGAGCCGUUACAUGGUUUCGAAAAACAAAGGGGUAUACGAGCCCGAGUUUCGUCUACUCAUGAUUUUUCCCUCUACGAUAUUCAUUGUAAUCGGAUUGAUGGGAUAUGGUUGGUCAUCUACAGAACAGGACCCAUGGAUUGCCCCCGUUUUAUUCUUUGGGUCCUUGGCAUAUGGCUCAUCCAUGGCCUCGACAACUGCAAUAACAUUUGCCGUUGAUUCAUACAAGAUGUUUGCCGCUGAGACCUUGGUCUCGUUCAAUUUCUUGAAAAAUCUCCUUGGGUUUUGCUUUUCCUUGUUUAACAACAAAUACGCUGAUCAUCACGGUUACAAGAAUGCGUAUGUCACAUAUGGAGGCAUCCAACUUUUUGUUAGUUUGUUUGCUAUCCCACUAUACAUUUUUGGAAAAAAGUUGCGUAGGUGGACUGACGAAAAGGAAUUGAUGAGAAGUCUAUACCAUGAGGAUAAUGUACCGCCCAGCGUGAUGUCGAAAUGCAAAAGCAGCGACGCAAGUAGCCAUGAGAUAGCUUAG